AAUCAGGAACUCGUGGAUACUUCUCUGCAUCAUUUCCUGCUGUGGUGACUCAGGGUGGGACAGCGGAAGUUCAGUGGCUGAUGCAGCCGUUUUUAUUUUAUUUUGUGUAGUUAAGUAAAAUAAUUCCUAUAAAAUGCCGGCUUACCACUCUGCCCUGAUGGAUUCCGAUACCAAGCUGAUUGGUAACAUGGCCUUGUUGCCUCUCAAAACACAAUUCAAAGGACCAGCUCCCAAAGAAACUAGAGAGAUGGAUAUCAUCGAUGAAGCACUGUAUUAUUUUAAAGCAAAUGUCUUCUUUAAGAAUUACGAAAUUAAGAAUGAAGCUGACAGGACCCUAAUUUACAUAACUCUUUACAUUUCUGAAUGCUUAAAGAAACUACAAAAGUGCACUUCCAGAGGCCAGGGUGAAAAAGAAAUGUAUACAUUAGGAAUCACAAAUUUACCCAUUCCAGGCGAACCAGGGUUUCCACUCAAUGCUAUGUAUGCAAAACCUGCAAACAGACAGGAAGAAGAAGUGAUGAGGAACUACUUACAGCAAAUAAGACAAGAAACUGGCUUAAGGCUGUGUGAAAAGGUGUUUGAUCCUCAGACAGACAAACCAAGCAAGUGGUGGAUGUGCUUUGUGAAGCGACAAUUCAUGAACAAGUCCCUAACUGCCCCUGGACAGUAAACGAAAACCAAAACCUGCAUACAGAAGAACGGAGCACUUCCUUUCAAGAUGUAUAAAGUCUUUGCCAUUGUUUUUUUGUAGUGUUAUACCCAUUGUUGGUGAAAUAAAAUUAACAAACAUGCAAAUCUAGAUUGUUUGAAUUUAAAUUUGAAACUUUGUUCUCAGUAUUCAUUCUGCAUAUAGUAAGCUGGUGCUUAGUACAUAAGUGUUCUUUUUUUUUCUGUAGCAGUACUUUAAAGCAGUUGUAUGUGAUGGCUAACCUGCAGAAUUUUCAUCAGGGUAUUUCACUGAUUACAGAUACAAAAAUACUACAGGAUCGGGUCUUGUGGUAUGUAUAUAAGAUUAAAUUCUUGGUUUUGUGCAAUAUUUCCUGUUGUAUUAAGAAAUAUUAGCAACAUGUAUAUGCUUUUACAGUACAGUGUGUUUUUAACACUGGAAUUAAUGGUAAACCCAUCCAUAACAUAAGACUUAAACCAGCAUCUUCCGUAGAAAAGUCAUAAAAAUAGCAGUUGGUCACAUGCACUGUUUUUUUUUGUUUUUUACAAAAAUGUUUAGACAUGCUGCAUAUAAAACAAGAGAACUAAACGUAGACUGAAGAAUCUUAAGAUGUUUGAAAUGUAUUUUUUCUGUUACAAGUCAUGAAGUUUUUGCCAGAUACAGCUGCUUUAAUUAACAAUAAUCUGCUGGUACUUCUUGUCUGUGGAGAAUCCCCACUAGCACCUCAGAUGUGCACAAUUGUUUAUGUACUGUGCUUCUGUUACUCCUGCUUAGGCUUGGAUCAGUUUUGAGUAACUUUAAUUUCUUUACUCCACUGGCUGGAGUACAUUCAUAGACCUUGACAUGAUGCCAUUUGCCAUCCUGUCCAUUUUCAAAAGCCGCUGAUGUUUAAGCUUGUUUUUGUAAUCCAAUAAAGUGCUGCUGUUUCUUAAA